AUGGCUGUGCUAAAAUUGAAGAGGUCGCAAGAUGCGGGCCGAAAGGAGGAAAAUGGGCCUUCCAAGAAGAUUAAAAUAAAAACGAAGCUGAAAGUGAAGAAUGAGGAUAUUUCGGCUGCUAAAGCACUGCCGAAACCUAAAGUGAGAAUUAGUUUGAAGCCCAAAUUUAAAGAGGAAAAUAUUCCCAGAUCCAACCCACUAAAAGUGAAGCUGAACUUAAAGGCUAAACCAGAGAAAGAGUCAAAAUGCGAUGUCCCCAAACCACCUAGGCUGCGGCUGAAACCCAUACGAGUCCCUGGAGAGGGAUACGAUUCUGAGGCUUCUGAUAUUGAAACCGAUCCACUGAUUGAGUCUGGAAUAAUAUUGAGAGUGUUAUCUGACACGCAGGUAGAUUUUGUGAAAAACUCUAUCGAAGCUGGGGAUUAUUCUGGCAUCAGUAUUACUUGGAAAGACGAGAGGCAUGCGAUUGUGAAUAUCAACGGGUAUCAAUACGGUGCUGUUCUUGUUGAUCUACCUACAAUAGUCGAAGUGAAUAAGAGUGUUGACCGUAAGAAUUUGCUGAAAACAUUUGAUGUUUGCCAGAUGCUUGUUUGCAUACGGAUAAUAGACAAAGAGGAGGAAGUAUUUGGGCUGAAGGUCCCCGAUACAGAGGAUUUGGCGAGUAAACAUUUUGAAGAAAUCGAAGAUGAAAUCGAACGAAAUAAGCUGCAAGUGUUUAGACAACAGCAUCCCACCCAGAUCGCAGAUGCAGAACAGACACAUCUCAAAGAUAUUGCAUGUAACACUUAUGAUUACAAACACGGAAUAACUCCCCCCUUAUACAACGUACGAAACAGGAGAUUCCGCAGAAAGAUUUCCGGAACUGAGUUUGACUAUGUUGAAAACGUUGUGGAGUUACUGCUAAAUCAGGAUGACCAGGCGGAAGAGGUGAACUUCAAUCUGUUGCAUGAGAGCGAACUGAACAGCAAUACUGGUGUUGUCUCGACUCCAAGCCAAACGCAAAUGUUACCGGUUCCUCCCGCUGUGCAACAACUGCAACCGCAACAGCAAACUGCAGAUUUAAUAGAAACAUAUACGGACACAAUGAUGGAGGACGAGGAUGAACUGGAUUUGGAGGCUGCUUUCAACAGUGAAGAGGAGGACGAGCAAAAAAGUUUGGACAUUUCAACAAAGAGUAACGUCUUUCCAACCUCGAACGGUGAUACUACUAAUUUAGAACCACAGUACGGACAAGUUGAGGAAGUGGCAGAGGAAGACGAGGGAGAUGAGGAAGAAGAAGAGGAGGAUGACGAAGACGAUGAGGAGGAAGAGGAAGAGGAAGAAGACGAUGAUGAAGAGGAGGAAGGCCCUGGAGGCCGUCCUAAAAAGGAUGAACACAGACAGCAUGUUAAUUUAUUGAUUGACGAGCUGAAGGAGCUGGAGACCACUCUGUCGCACACAAAGCGCAAAGCUGAAAAGGCUACUAACCCACUACUGAAGUCGCGGUUUGUGGACAACAUCAAGAAACUCGAGAAAGAGAUGGAGUUGAAAAGGAAACAGCUGAAAAGCAGUGAGAGCUUGCUCAACAAGCAGCAAGGAACAGUGCCAUUGGAAACGAAACCAGAAACACCGCUAGAGGAAGAGGACGAUGAGGAAAAUGAGGAUGAUGAAGACGAGGAUGACGAGGAGGAGGAAGAGGAGGAGGAAGAGGAGAUCACGAAUGCAGCAGCUACUGCAGAAAACACUCCGAACCAGGACACCGUGGGAACCGUGGGAACCGUGGGAACCGUGCCGGACCAAGAGCCGCAGCUGGACCAAAACGAUCUCGAUAUGAUGAUGCUAUUUGGAGCAGAGGCCGAGGAGGACGAGGACUGA